AGGGGGGCAGAGAGAGGGUGUGGGGGGGGGGCUGCAUGAGCAGCAGCAGCCUGUGUGCGAAGAAUAGAGAGGAGGCAUUUCCUGCAUCCUCUCCUGCGGCUUCUCUGGUGCCAGAGGCCAGCGCUGCUGCUGCUGCUGCUGCAUGAACCGUGGCGGGUGUUUCUACACACACACACAGGCGGAUCAGACCCGUGGCUGGUGGCUGGACUCUUUGGCUGAAGAGGCCGGUGAGACUUUGGAGAAGAAGAGUGAGUAGGGACCCAGAAGAGAAAUUAUGGGUGAUGCCUGAUGGGGGAAAGGGAGAACAGACUAGAAACUGGAGCACAAUUUAAGAAGAGUAAUUGAUAACCUGCUUGUCAGCAAAGAGUUCAAAGAAUAGUGGAGAACGUAAGAGAAAGGAGCCUGUGUCCUCGGCGUAGCAAAAGCUUCACUUCCGAACCAAGCUUUAAAUCUCAGUAGGAAAUGCAAGAAGACGAGAAAUUAUAUGCAUGUUUGAAAUGUGGAAAAUGCUUCACCACGAGAGGAAAACUCACUUUACACCAGAUAACCCACACAGAGGGGAAGCCAUUUAAAUGCUUGGAGUGCGGAAAGAGCUUCAAUGCACGUGCAGAUCUUACUGUACACAGCAAAAUCCACACUGGGGAAAAACCACAUAAAUGCUUGGAGUGUGGGAAGAGCUUUAAUAGGAGUGGAAACCUUACUGUCCACCUUAGAACCCACACUGGAGAGAAACCAUAUAAAUGCUUGGUGUGUGGAAAGAGCUUUAGCGGGAGUGGACACCUCACGGUACACAAUAGAUCCCACACUGGAGAGAAACCAUAUAAAUGCUCGGAGUGUGGAAGGAGCUUCAGCACGCGUGGAACUCUUACAGCCCACCAUAGAACCCACACUGGGGAGAAGCCACAUAAAUGCUCGGAGUGUGGAAAGAGCUUCAGUAGGACUGCAAGCCUUACUUUGCACUACAGAACCCACUCUGGGGAGAGACCACAUAAAUGCUUGGAGUGUGGAAAGAGCUUCUGCCAGAGUGGAGAGCUUAAGAUACAUCAAAGAACCCACACUGGGGAGACACCAUAUCAGUGCUUGGAGUGUGGAAAGAGCUUCAGCCGGAGUGGACAGCUUAAAAUACACCACAGAACCCACACUGGGGAGACACCACAUCAAUGUUGGGAUUGCGGAAAGAGCUUCAGCACACGUGGAAAUCUUACUCUGCACCUUAUAACCCACACUAGGGAGAAACCGCAUACAUGCGUGGAGUGCGGAAAGAGCUUCAGGCUGAGUGAAAAGCUUGAUAAAUACCAUAGAACCAACUUGGGGGAGAAAGCACAUAAAUGCUUGGAGUGUGGAAAGUGCUACGCCUACGCAGGACAUCUUGUUAUACACCAGAGAACCCACACUGGAGAGGAACCACAUAAAUGUUUGGAGUGUGGAAAGAGCUUCGGCACGGGUGAAGCUCUGAAUAAACACCUUAGAACCCACACUGGGGAGAAACCACAUAAACCAUAUAAAUGCUUUGACUGCGAAAGGCGCUUCAGCCAGAGUGGAAACCUUGCAUAGAAACCACACUGGAAGAAGGAAGGAACACCUUACUGCACAUGUGCAAAUUCAAAAAGUGUUGACUGAACUCAUGAAACUGCAGACAAGAUGGAGAAUCUCCCUAAUUUUGAGAAAUAUAAGCCCCUUGUGAAAUUUCUUCUUCGGAUUUGUCUGGCUUCCCUCUGAGGGAGUUCAGAGUUUUGUCUCUGUGUUAUGAAUAAAUGUGCAGAACUUA